ACGUUUACAGUGCGGCACCUGACAGUUCUGCCUGACCUCGUCCUACUCAUUCUCCUGUCAACAUUUUCGACACUUAUCAAUCAUUGCAUUUCAAUUUCCUCAAAUUUUACAUGAUCCUUCAAACGAUUCUUCCCUUCUUAGAAACGUGUCAUGAUCGCUGAACACCUAUAAAAAUUUACACGAGUAAACGUAUGAUUUCGAUUCAAGUGUUGGUGUGUUAUCCUCUGUCCGUGUAGGGGUGACCGUUCAUUCAUUAAAUCGAUGUCAGCGCGUAACAUCUGCUAUCUCGUACAUAAUAGCGAUUCUUCGCUUUCGCGUACAUAUCGGUCUUGCGCGUUUUUACAAUAUCUUUAAACCAAUCUCGAUCUUUUAUUAGUUCCAAUAUUUCUUACCAAGUGUAAAUUUAUGAAUAAAAUUUCAUUUCCUAUAAACCUUAUGUGACAGAAACAAAUUCUUUAUACAGCUGUGUAAUAUUGUUAAUUAAUAUUUAAAUAUAUUAUUAGUUUUGUUCGUGAUAAAAAAAUAAUAAUAUAAAACGCCAUAAAUAUGCUUUUACUUUGCAUUAAAUAAUAUAUUGGUAACUAUUUGGUGAGGGUUCGUGCCCAGGUAAUGACAAGGGAUGAUAGUUCAGGUGGUUGGGUUCCUCUAAGUGGCGGUGGUUUAGCAAAUGUUUCGGUUAGACGAAGACCAACUUCUUCAGGUGGACAUCAGUCUAAUAAUACCAAUGCAUCUGGUAUUUCUACUACGACUGUCUCUAUUACUAGCAGUAUACAACCUGUAUCAACUACAAGUGUUACUAAUACCCAAAGUCAUGGAUCUUCUAACAGUUCUCCACCUGGUGCAACUGAGAAGAUGCAUGAAUACCUUAUUUAUGGGAAACGCAUCACUGAUCAAUCAGUUGUUCUUAGCUGUACAAUUAAAAAAGAUUUCGAAUAUAAUAAGGUAAUGCCAACUUUCCAUCACUGGAGGACAGGAGAGAAGAAGUUUGGAUUAACAUUUCAAACAGCUGCAGAUGCAAGAGCUUUUGAUAAAGGUGUUCGCACAGCUGUUGAAGAAUUGUUAGAAGGGUUGGCCAAUACCACAUUAUAUGGCAACUCGUUAGAUGUUGGGGAUGAAGAUGUUUUUAUGACUUUAAAUUUACCUGUGGAACCACCAGAACCACGUCCCUCAUCGGAUACACCUCAUGGAAUAGUACGACUGUCCAAUUAUCAUUCCCAGUGUUCAGAUCUUCCUGAUUCACAUAAACCUAUUCAUUAUAUUGGUGGACCAUCUAUAAAAGUGCCACCAUCUCAGCAUCCUUUGGCAUCAACUGAAGAUGUUGGAUCAGAUAGCUACUCUUAUGUGCAGCUCACAACGCUUAAUCAUGAAUAUUUAUAUCCCAUCAUCGGUGAUCAUAAAGGAGACCGAUUAAAUAGACAUAAUACCGGCAGUUCUUUGAAGAAACCAGAUAUUAUAGUAUCCCAACCUUCUAAAAAUACUAUGAAACGUAAUAUCCGAUUACGAUGUAAACAUUGCCAAGAGCUGUACACAGAGCAGCACAAUCCUAGGGGGUCUUGUGAAUACGCACCUGAUCCUAUUAGACGAGGAAUCGCAAAAAUUUCGUGUCUGUCUUGUGCUCAGGGUAUGUUAUACCACUGUAUGAGUGAUGCUGAAGGUGAUUUUACCCAAAAUCCUUGCAGUUGUAGUACAGAAGAAGGAUGUGGACGCAGAUGGUUUGGUUUGGCAUUAUUAUCACUGAUCGUUCCUUGCUUGUGGAUUUAUCCUCCACUAAGAGCUGUUCAUUGGUGUGGCACGUCCUGUGGAAUGUGUGGAGGACGUCACCAUCCGAUGGAAUAACUGGAGGAACCCUUUGAUAUCUCUGCUUCAUACUCAGUUGAAUCAACUAACUUUUCUUCAUCACGCGGUGCUGUGGCUAAUGUGUAUGAAUGUCAUGAUCUGAGUAUGGGCCGUUGUCAGAGGUAUCAAAGGGGUAGACAACUUCCAGUACAUGCACUUAUCCAUCAGCGUCAUCUCUGAAAUAAUUUGUUUUUAAAAAAGAAACAAAAUGAUAGGAGCGCAAAUUAUCGCAUUUAGCCCUGAGAUCAUGUAUAUUCCAUACAUUUUGUAUAUUUUAUUAGCAAAUGCAUUAUUUAGACACAUCUGUACAUUAACAAUUUGAGAAUGGACAUCGUUUAGUAUUUACUCUGAAUGAUUGGUCCAUAAUAAUAUUAUCUGGACUGACCAAGUAUUUGUGAUACAUGGUGCACACUGUGAGAAAUCAGUCAAGAAACGAAAUGUAAUUUGUUAUUCCCAGUUUGAAAGCUAGUUUUCGCCUCAUAUAAAAACGAUAAAGAAAAUGUUUGCUGUAUUAUAAGAUUAAAUUCUGCUGCUAUUAUCGAGAAAGAUGAUUAGACAGAAAUAAAUUAAAAGUUUUUAUUUUAUUAUAAAUAAGUUAAAGAUAUUAUUUAUUAAUUUGUACUUUGUAUUGUAUUUCGAAUUUCAUGAAACAAAUUAAAAAUAAUGUGUAACAUUUUAUACACAUAAAAUUAUACAUAUUACUUAAAUUAGAUUUAUCUUUCCUUUUUUUUGUUUUUAAGGUAAGAUUUUGUACAUUUUUUGUAUAUCUGAAUCCAAUAUUGUCAAUAUUGAUAAAUUUGUUUUUUAGCAUUUUACAUAAUUUUACUAGAAAAAGUAAUUUGAAUCAAAUUCAAUUUAUUUUUAUUCAAGUACAGAUUUUGAAUCUCUUUUGGUAAUUAGCACAAACUGGUUGGUAAAAGCUAGUUGCACUUUCACAAAUAUGUAUUGAAAUUAAUGACUAAAAAUUGUAUCAUGUUUUAUAAAGAAAUUAUACGAUCAUUCGGGAAUGAUUGUGAAUAUAUGUAGUAGAAUAUAAUUUUGUUUAUAUAUCACUAACAUGCAAUUCUGUUUUUAAGGAUCUUUUGUAUUGUGCUCUUUGUAUUUACAAAAUAUCAAUAUUUAUAUAAACUACAUAGUCAGUUAUCUGUUAAAUGGAACUUCUUACGCUACUAUGUUGGCACAGUGUUAAAUGCUAAAUAAUAUCAGUAUUUACUAUUUACUAGCAUGGUACUUUUAGUACUACCAAUUUUAUUGUUACUUCAUGCACAAUGAAAAUAAGUAUAAGAAACUUUAAGUACAUGUAUUGUCAGUUUGAGGCUUGUUAUGUAUAUUGGAAUAUAUUUUCAGUUUAAAACUAACUAUAUCUAUAUUGAAGGAUAGUAAACUUGGUUUGCAUAAAAUAGAUUGUUUACAGAAACGUGAAACUUUCUAUUUUAUAGUGUAUUAUAGUUCUUUAAGAUACCUAUACAUACAUGUAUAUGGCAUUCUUUAAAAGAUUCUGAUUUAUUGUAUUAUUUGCAUACCUAAUUAUUUUUUUAACUACAUUAGUAAUUAGGAGGUAAUUCGUUUCAUUCUAUAUAUUUUACAGUAAUUGAAUGAUAUGAAUAUAUCAUUGUUGCAUAUUUAGGAGAGUAAGAUAUUUUUAAAAGAAGGUCGUGGUUGGUUUUUAGCAAUAAUUCCGCUUAUCGAAGAUCUGAUUAUGUAUGCUUUAUAAAUAAUUGGCUUUAUAAACCAUAAUGUGUGGUUUUAAAGGUUUAUUUGUUUUAAGAAUCCAUAUUUUGUAUUCAAAUUUUAGUUGACAAAGAAUUAAUUCUGAUCUCAUUAAAUUGCUAUAAAUCUUUAAGCGCAACACAAAAGCAUAGUUGUUUUCUGGUUCAUACUACAUAAUUAUAAAUGGUAAUGCAGAAAAACUAAUAAUUUAAAAUUGAAGCUUCUAAAGUGACAUGAUAGAUAGAAUCAGUGAACAUGAUCUAAAUGUUGUAGGAUGUUUUUACAUCAUUUUUGAAAUACAAUUUCUAAUACAUAUGCGAUAAAGUCAGAUGCUGCUUUGGAAUAACAAAGUAAAUUAAUUACUAAAUGGCUUGAUUAAUAAGACUUUUGCAGACACACUUAAUUAAUUUAAAAGGAGAAAUAUGUAUUUUAAAAACAUACAUAAAGAGAAGAAUUAAUUAUUAUUGUUCAAUAAGUUUCAUUAUGUCUUACGUUUCUAGUCCAAUAAUAAUAAUUUAUGUGUUUAGUUCAUUUAUUAAUUAAAACUUUUUUAUGUCAAAAUUGUCUUAUGCUGAAAACUUUAAGUCAUGUAUGUAUAAAUCUUGUAUAUCUGUGCAGUUAAUGUAGUUUUAUUAACAAAUAGUGAAAAUUAUUUGACAUAAUGUAUUAUACAUAUUUAAUCUCAAUUAAUUUUAAUUAUUUUAUUUCUCUUUUACUCUUAAUCCGAUCUAAAAUAUUUUUUAUAUUUCUUAUUUAACAUUAGAUAUUAAAAUAUCUCUUAUAGUUUACUAAUCUUAUAUGACAUGAUUAAAUACUACAAAUUGCAUUGGCAUAACAAAUCUUAUAUCUGCUUUUGUGAGUUGAUUACUUCAUGAUUAUACUUAAUGAUAUCAUAAUAUUUUAUCUCUCUGAGCUUCAUAUAAUUUUUUAAUAUAUAUAUACAUAUAUAUGAUUGCUGUGGUUUCCUAAUGUUUCUAAUAAUUUUAUUAUAUUUGUUUACUUCGCAAAUAACUUGUAAAAACCUACAAAAUUUAAAUAGAGACGGACAGAGAGCAGAAAUAUCCAUUUAAUAAUAGAUUUAAUAUCUCUAGACAGCAACACUCUCUUAUUCAUAAAGUCAAUUUUUAUAUUACAAUAUAUUCGUUUUUCAUAUAUUAAUAUCUCAUUAAUAAAUAUAAUAUAGAUCUUAGUUUUAAAAGCAACAGUUUUGUGUUGUAUAAGAUAAGAUACAUUUAAUAUAUUACAUAUAACUACUAAAUUAAAUUUAAAUUUGUACAUGCUAAUUCUUUUAACAGAAGGGAGGGAGAGUAUUAAAUACAACUUAUAAUAAAGAUACUUCCAAGAAAAUAAUGAUCUUUCAUUUUGAUAAUAUAAAAAAUUGUAUUUAUACUUUUACUUAAUAAGCUCAGGGAGAUAUACAACAAAAGUGGUAUAAUUAGACUUCCUAUAUACAAUAUGCGUUUAUCGUAAAUUGAUUAAUAUCAGUCAGGAUUUAUUUUAUACAGGAAAUUUUAUAUAAAGAUCUUUAGAAUUACAAAUCCACAAAAUUCGAAAGAAUUUUAUUUAAAAAUUUGCAAACUAUGUAAAUAUUAAAUUGUUUACUGCCAUAGAAAAUCGAUAGUUUAAUUUUGAUAUCAAACAAAUUUUUUAUUUUUAUUGAUUUAAAGUAUUCCAUUGAUACAUUAUGUAAUGUAGACAGUCUCUUUCUGUACAAUAUUUAAUUAAAUAUCAUGACCCGUUUUUAGUUAUAAAUAAGUACAAAAAAUUAUUUUUUCAAUAAGUCCGUUGUGAUGACUCAUACCAAAUGAGAGAUACAUAUAUAAUCAUAUUCACAGUGUAGUUUUGUAUGACAUUGUAUGAAUGUACUUCUAUUUAAAUUCUUUUACUUAUGGAGUAUGACUGUAGGUUGCGAUUGAUCUGAGAUAUUAUAACGUGUCUAUAAUUAUAGUGAUCAAUAAUGAGCAGAAGAUAUAAAUAAAUAUAGUUUGUACGAUAAUUAUAUGACAAUGUUGAUGAUAAUAAUUAUCGACACUGAUAUGUAUGGAUGCAUGAAAAGAAGCGCAAGUUGCGUAAGCAUAUAUAACGAGCUAAUGAACGUGGGAACGUAUGCACAUAUAGAUACGAAUAUGUAUACAUAAAGUUAUUGUGAAAGUUGUCAAACUGGGAAAAUGCAUAAAGGUGGUGCCUGCCAGAAAUGGAAAACAUGUAAACAAAUUAGUGGCAGUGCUCAAAAACGAUCAGUUUGCAAAAAAACUUAUAGGGUAUUUUCACUGAUAAUGUAAAUGCUGCAAGAUUAACAAAUACAAUUUUAAUUUACAGAUUCAUUAUAUCAUAAAUGUUUAAAUCUUGUAUCAUUGUAAUUAAAAAUAUGUAUCAUAAUCCAAAUGUAUAAGAAAUAAAUAUAUUGUAUCAUGACAAAAUGUCAUAUAAAUCAAGUUUGUUGUUCUAAAAGUUUAUGAAAUACAUUACAGUACAUUCUGGAAA